UCAAUUACUGUGAACAUUCGUUGCUUUAUAUCAAUGUUGAUUACUAUCGUAGUUCAUCAAAAAGCAUCAGCAGAAUAUAAGUGCUCCUGUGUAAUAUGUCUGCUAAAAUAUCAACCACUCGUAAAUAUAGCUACAAGGCACCACGAACGCACAUCUGUUUGUAACUUCUUCACUUGUAUAAGCAAGACAGGAUUAAAUAUCGAUU